AGUUAACUGGUUUUCUUUCACUAAUUGAGAGUUUCACUGACUGAUCUAUAAUAGAUAUUAUAUAGAUCAGUGGUCUCAUACAUUUAAUUUGAAAUGUCUUGUUAUGCUUCGAUUAUGUGGAUGUUUUGAUUUUAUUUUAUUUUUCAUUAUAUUUCCAGUAAUGUUUAUCAUUAACAAUCACUUAAUCCAAUAAGUAGCUACUUGAAUGCACAUUGAAAGAGAUUUGUAUUUUUCCAUAUCCAGUACAAGUGUGUAUUAUUACUGUUAUCAUUAUGGAUUAUCUCAGCUCAGCUGCUAACCUGUCAGUAUGAAGGGUAAAUUAACAAGUUUGCGUUCAGUCAAGUAAAUUUCUUUUUGAUUGUGAAUAUUUUGCUUUUGUGUAAUUAUAGAUGAUUUUUAAUCUUUAGUAACUGCUAGAGUAAAAAUAAUGUAAUUAAAGUAUACUAUCUAAUGUGCUUUAGUUAUAAAUCUAAAGUUUGGUGUGUAUUUUUCCGUAUACAGUGCGACUUUUUCCACGUUUUUCACGAAAAGUGUUAAACAAGCCUGGAAAUGAUGUGAUGUUACAAACGUGCAACAUCAUGAAAACUAAACGCUGUAUUUAUUUGAGCUCUCUCUCUCUGUAUAUAAAGUGCAGUGUUUCAAAUAAGCUGUAAAGAAAUUAAUAAUGUUAUUUGUUUAUUAUAAUUUACUGUCAGAUUAAGUAGUUUAGAGUUGAACCAUACGAACCAGAUAAAAAAAAAACUGUUCGUAUUAAUCAUUUUUACUUUAGUAAAUAAGCGGUAAAAUACGUAGCCUUUAAUAGUUUCCUACUGAAGUAGUCAACUAGCAAUUAGUUUUGCAAUUAUAAUAAGGGAUUAUAGAAAGUAUUUUCGGUUUCAGUUUAUUAUGUGAUGCUUCUAAACACCAUGCAAUGUUUUAAAAAAAGUGAUGUUUUCACUUUUUUCUACAACGUAUGCGUCUUAAAAAUACUAAGUUUGCUUACUGUUACCAUGUUCAUAUUUGCAAUAACAGCUUAUCUAUUUAGAAUUAUAUAAUGUGUGCUAAAUGACUUAUUGAUGAAUGUUAUUAUGAAGUGUCGCCUAGCGGACUCGCCCCGUGUUUAAGGUGAAAAGCCGCUGCGGGCGUGAUGACGUCACUGAGACUGAACGCCAGCGGACUGAACGCAUCGCGCAACAAAACAUCAUGCGGGAUUUCACGUCCUGAGAGCUGCAGAUGAGCGGAAUCCACUAAAUAAAAUGGCUUUGCUGUGGAGGAGGGGCGUGUCACUAUCGGAGCAUUCAGGGAAUGACUCUCUGGUUGGCAUGGCGCCGGGGCCCGGGGUCGUUACGGUGGCCCCUGGGGGUCACAACAGGUCGUGGGAGACGCCGGUGGUCACCCCAGAGACGCCCAUCUUCCUCAUGACCCCUGCUGCUCAAACCAUCUCUGGAAUAUUCACCUGGACAGCUCUGCUGCUCACCUGCCAACAGAUCUACAUGCACUUGCGCUACUACAACACUCCUAAUGAGCAGCGGCACAUCGUUCGCAUCCUCUUCUUCGUGCCGAUCUACGCCUUUGACUCAUGGCUCAGUCUGCUGUUCUUCACUAACGAGGAGUAUUACGUUUACUUCGACACCGUCCGUGACUGCUAUGAAGCGUUUGUCAUCUAUAACUUCUUGAGUUUGUGUUAUGAGUAUCUGGGUGGCGAGAGCGCCAUCAUGGCUGAGAUCAGAGGAAAACCCAUCCAGUCCAGUUGUGUGUACGGCACUUGUUGUCUGUGGGGCAGAACUUACUCCAUCGGCUUUCUGCGCUUUUGCAAACAGGCAACGCUACAGUUCUGUGUGGUGAAGCCGCUGAUGGCCAUGAUCACCGUCAUCCUGCAGGCCUUCGGGAAAUACAGAGAUGGAGACUUCAAUGCUGCCAGUGGUUAUUUAUAUGUGACCAUCAUCUACAACAUCUCAGUCAGUCUGUCUCUCUACGCUCUCUUCCUCUUCUACUUCGCCACUCGUGAUCUGCUGGAGCCAUACGGCCCCAUGCUGAAAUUCCUCAUGGUCAAAUCUGUCAUCUUCCUCUCCUUCUGGCAGGGGAUGCUGCUGGCCAUUCUGGAGAAAUGCGGCACAAUUCCUCGCAUAAACUCUCCUGAUGUCAGCGUUGGGGAGGGGACUGUUGCUGCUGGCUACCAGAACUUCAUCAUCUGCAUCGAGAUGUUUUUCGCCGCUCUGGCGCUUAGACACGCGUUCACUUACAAGGUCUACAUGGACAAGAGACUCGAAAUUCAGGGUUGUGUUCCUGUCUAUGGCCAAUACGGUCGUUGUGCUCCCAUGAGCAUCUCCAGCAGCCUGAAGGAGACGAUGAAUCCAGGCGACAUGCUGCAGGACGCCAUCCAUAACUUCUCUCCGGCGUAUCAGCAGUACACGCAGCAGAGCCGCUCUGAACCUCUGAGUCGCUCCAACAGCUGCAGCAACGAGAAAACACUGCUGCUCAGCUCCGAUGACGAGUUCUGAUACGCUCAUGUUACAAACACACUAGUGAGAUGAUGAUGAUUACGAGGCCUACAUAGACAGCAUGCAUAGGCAUCAUCAGUGUUCCGUUGUAAAGGCUCUUCCAGACAAAAGGCAGCAAAACUACUGUAUGCUACCUUGCAGUAUGUUGUUGUGGCCAAAAUUUUGAUAGAAAAUACUUCAAUCCAGUGGUUCUCAAACGUUUCAAAUGUAGUUACGACCUCUGAUCAAAUCAGAGUACAAAUCAUUCUAUUAACAGCAGUGGAAGAAUGUUCUGGCAAGGUUCUCUCAAAGUAAUGAACAAACGUUGAGGGAUGAAUGUUUGUUUAAACAUUGUUCUCAAAAUGUAAGCACAAAAACAUUUAAACCUUGUUCAUGGAACGUUCGCUUCCAGAAAUAUUUUAAUUGGAAGCUUGUGUAACAUUUUUUAAAUGUUACUAUUUGUUCCAGAAUGUUCAGAGAACAUUCAAAAGUAACAUUCCCAUAAUGUUUGAACAAUUCUAAACUGGAAUGAUUCCCUAACAGUCGCAUAACCAUAAGAAAACAUUAUUUUGAAAAAUCUAGAUGUUCAGAGAACUUUCAGAAAUAAUGUUUGCAACUUAAUGAGAACAUUAGCAAAAGAUUUUGAUUAAUAUCAUAUUCUGAUCAAUAACCCAGUAUUUCAGAUAAAUCAUGAUGCUAUGAGGCCCCCAACAUAAUAGUAGAAAAGUAACAUCUAGAAGCUUUGUAAUCAAAAACACCUUAUUUUGCAAACCAUUUUUUUUAAAUAUUGCAACCAAGCUCAAACCAAUAACCAGUAAGUAAAUAAAUGAUCUUUAUAAAUUUGAUGAACUGAUUGAGUGUUUGAGUCAAAAACAAACCUUUCUGUAAACUUAACUCAGGAGCUUGACUUUUUCAUCAUGUUUUUACCUCCUUUAUAAUUAAAUAUGUUAAUUUACAAAGUGCAGUGUGAGAAUCACUGGUUUAACUCAAACUGGAGCACUGUAUGUGUGUCACAUGGAGCUGCUGCCUGUGUAGAGCGUCUCAAAUCACUCACUAAUGAGGGUUUAUUAGCUGUAGUAGGUUUUAAAGAGUGAGACAGACUGGAGGAUGAUUAUGAGUCAUAAAGAUGUGCCAUAUACACACAAACACUCCUCUCGGCACUUUCUACAUGUAUAUUUCAGGGUAACGUUAAGAUUUAUUUACAUGAAGUAUCUAGAUUAUAAACU